ACUAGGACGCGGAAAAAGGAGGAGAGCGAGAGAAAAACGGGGCUGUGGAGUGCGAGGAAACAGGGGGAAUUACACUUGGCCGAAAAGACACGCAGAGGGGAGAGGACAGAGGCUUCGGAGUGGACAGCCUCCCAGCCCAGCACCCCUCCGGUCCUCCUUCCGUGUUGUGUCACAGCACAUCGGACUGGGAGGGAACCGACACCGCCGUGCAGCGCAGAGCCCAUGGGGUAACAGAAUCGUGGAAGAGCGCCGUUUGUUCAGCUACCCAGAUGAACAACAGGAAGGAGGACAUGGAGAUUUCCUCUCACUACCGUCAGCUCCUCCGAGAGCUCAACGAGCAGAGACAACACGGCAUCCUCUGUGACGCCUGUGUCAUUGUGGACGGAAAGAUCUUUAAGGCCCACAAGAACGUCCUCCUGGGUUCCUCCCGCUACUUCAAGACUCUUUACUGCCAGGUUAAAAAAGGUUCAGACCCUCACCAUCAGACUACUGUCACCCACUUGGACAUCGUGACCGCGACAGGCUUUAAAGCCAUCCUCGACUUCAUGUACUCUGCUCAUCUCGCCCUAACAAGUAAGAACGUCAUUGAGGUCAUGUCGGCAGCCAGCUACUUGCAGAUGACAGACAUCGUCCAAGCCUGCCACAGCUUCAUCAAGGCCGCCCUGGACAUCAGCAUCCGCUCCGAGAUGGCUGAUGAAUUGGCCGACUUUGAAAUGGGGGCAGUGGUCACCGCCGGCAUAGGUGGUGGCGGCGGAGGAGGAGUUGGUCUAACUGGAACGGGGGGAGUCGCCGGAGUGGGCAUGGGAGGAGGUGGGAUCGUAGGCAUGGCCUCAGAAGCCCUCGCAUCCAUCAUGUCCGGUCGCAGCACCUCCCCCUGGCUGGCCCGCCGCACCAGCCCCGCCAACUCCUCCGGGGAUUCGGCCAUCGCCAGCUGCCACGAGGGAGGUAGCACAUAUGGCAAGGAGGACCAAGAACCCAAGAGCCACGAGAGCCAGGAGGAAGCUUGUCACGACUCCCAGCCUCCUUGGUCGCACGACUACAGGCCUGUCAGCGUCAAAGAGGAACAAGUGUCUCCUGCCUCUUCCUCAAAUCCCCGGGACGCCCCCAGGGGUGCAGCCCAGAGCCAAAGGGAUCAGGUGGCAGGAGGCCCAACUGCAGGUACGGAUGGAUCCUGGCAACCCUUAUCAGGAUCGGGGCGGAGGAAGAACAGGAAAAACAAGGACACGGUCAGACAUAUAACCCAACAGGCUGAAAGGAACUGGGACAGAGAGCGGGAAAGGGACAGUAGGCCUGGCUCUCCCCUACCGUCCAUGCUAGCUGUGGCUGGCUGGAACUACAAUGGACAGGACAUCCCAGACGCAGACGUGACCGAGCCCAACAGCUCCGACAGCCGUGGCGAACGCCUCGACUUCUUCCUCAAACAGGAAGAUGCUCUCGUGGCGGACCCGGGCUUUCUGGGUCCCAACGAAUCAGAGGAGGCAGGAGUGGGAGGAGCAGGAGGCGGUGGAAGCAGAGGCGGCGGCAGCGGGAUGAUCUCGUCGGUCGCCAACCUGAAGGCGGCGCUGAUGAGUAAGAACAGCCUGCUGUCACUGCGGGCGGAGAUGAUGGGAGAUGAUAACCCCUUGCUCUAUGAGUACCUUCCCAAAGGAGGACACUCCUUGUCUUUGAAUGACUUCACAGUGAUCCGUAAAAAGUUCAAGUGCCCCUACUGCAGUUUCUCUGCCAUGCACCAGUGCAUUCUAAAGAGGCACAUGCGCUCCCACACCGGCGAGAGGCCCUACCCGUGUGAAAUCUGUGGCAAGAAGUUCACCAGGAGGGAACACAUGAAGAGGCACACGCUGGUCCACAGCAAAGACAAGAAGUACGUGUGUAAAGUGUGCAGCCGCGUGUUCAUGUCAGCGGCCAGUGUGGGAAUCAAACACGGCUCCCGGCGCCAUGGGGUAUGUGUUGACUGUUCCGGCCGGGGCAUGGCGGCGCUGUUGGAUCACAACGGCGAAGCGGGGGGAGACAUCUCUCCGGAGGAGGAGCUGUACCCGGGCGAUCGCUUCCACGACGACCAGGCCGAGUGCGACGGCGAGGAGGAGAUGAUGGCAGAAGGGGACGCCGACAUGAUCGGCGAAGGAGAGGACGAGGGGACCAAGUGGAAGGAGGCCAGCGUAGCGGCGGAGACUCAGCGAGUGCUGGAAAAUGAGAAGGAGGAAAGCGACUCCUCGGUACAUGAGGGUGAGCCGCAGAAUGGGGGUGAUCGGGACUUUGCGUGGAUCUCCUAAAAGCUGCCCCGCGACUCUUUGCGGCUCGACAACCAAUGUCUGGAGAUCUUUUUGCGGAUCUUUCAGGAAUCUCUCGACCCCUGCGAUGGGGGCCUGGCCAUCCUUUUGGAUGGAAACGUCGUGACAAUGAUUUCUGAAUAACUGAUACACGCAAGUCUUUUUUUCUGCUUACCUCCUUUUACUUCUAAUCCAGUGUUUUGGUCCUUCAGUCUCUUUUGAGAUUUGGGCCGAGGACAUGGCGGAUGCUGGCCCGAGACUUUGUGUGUUUGCCAUCACAAUCACCAUGGAAACCAGGGAUCAGUGUCAGUGUGGGGAGGGGUGAACCCCCUCCGUGUCCUUUUUACUCUGCAAGUGUCUAACUGCGAGCGUCUCAAUCUAUUGCAAAGCUGCGCACGUCGAUAGGACGAGGCGGGCGGCCUGACGGCACACUGUGGACCCGGUCCUACUGCCACAGACUUGCACUUUAAUGACGCUGACUCCUAUCCGAGCACCCACCCACCCCCGAAUCCAAGGUUUACAUUUGUAAUUUGUAACCUAAACAACUCGGCGAACGCACCUACCUUUAAAGACUGAUGUCGUCUUGACUGUUACCAGUACAUCGGAAUCUUUGAUCCCUUGUGCAGAUUGUUGUCUUACCUAGCCUUUGCCCUCCAAAGUGAAGUCGGGGGGGAUCGUUUUUCUUUUGUUCGUUUGUCUCAAAGUUCCGACUGUUCCGUGGAGUUUUGAGCCAUGUACAUAAAAAUGUUUUGAAACAAAAGGGCGUCCGAAGGGGACGUUGGACACCGACGCGGCCCAGAUCGAGCGGUUGUCUGCCUCUGCACGCGCGAGUCACACUUCAGUCUACGGCUGCCUUCGGUCAUUCAAGUCCCCCCCCCCCUUUCGGCCCCAACUCGCAUAAUUCCCAAGAUUCACAAUAUGCAGACUUUCUUUCCACGCGUGAUCUUUAUUUUGGGGGCUGGGAACGAGGACAAAGGCCCCCGGCCCGCGUUUACGGGGGUGCCAAAAGAAGGCUGAAAAUCUGUUCUUGAAAUCCCGAGUUUUGUUAUUGUUGGCUAUUUAUUGGAUGCGUGUUUGUGGACUUUUGAAGUCCUUCGCUUUUCUUUCUCGCUGGUGUACGUGUGAAUUGAGUGUAAGGUAUGCAAGGAUGCUCGCCAAGUCUUUAUUGAUUUUCUAAGAUUGUUUUCAUGUUUUUGACAGCGUUAUUGACAUCAAUGUUUUCGACAGCAUUAUUAUUGAAAACUGGAGUGAGGCAGAUGAUGAAGUCUUAUUAUGAUAAUCACAACUAUGAUUACUCUUGUUGAUGUUACUAUUAUUCAUUAUUGUUAUUAUUAAGUGCUGGAUGCUAAGCUUUACUGUGUAUUGAUUUGGGGAUGUUUUAUAACUUGUACGAGUUGCAGAAAAAAAAAACUUUUAUACUUUGCCUUGUCGUGGACAGCAAGUCAUGGGGCUUUUCGCAACCUUUUUUAUUGUGCCAGUUGACGGUUUUUCUGUCGUAUUUGCUUUUUUUUUCUAGCAAGGGAAAAACACUGUUAACCGUCCGUUUGAUUGCGACAUAUAUUCUGCACACGCUUUUGCAUCACUAAUGUACACUAAUUGAUGAAUAUUGAACCAAAAACAAUCUAGUAUCUUGUACACAUUAAGUGCUUUUGUCCCAUAGUCUGUGUGUGCAGGUGCUCUUUGGAUAUAUUGGGUGUGCUUAUGUUGUUGUUCUUUUUUUUUUUUUUUUUUUUUUUUUUUUUUUUUUUUUGGUCACACUUUGGUAAAGUGCGCAUGUCGUCGGCGUUGUUGUGACUCUGAAGGGCUGCGUGGUUGGCUUGGUCCAAAGCGCAUCUCAUAUGACGCCGCACAAUCAAGUAAGAAGGGCGGCUCGUGGGCACACAUCAGGCUUCUGUUGCCUCCAAAAGGGGUCCUGGAUGGACUUGCACUUCCCAGUACACUUUCUUCGUAUCUAUGCUUGUAAAGUUAUUUGUUAUUUAUUGUGCUUUUGGUUUGAGGCACUUACCGGACGAUUUGCUUGGGUGAGUGUUAGCGGCCAACACAACGAAGACAAUGUGGGGUGGAUUUCAAUGAAUGUUAGUGAUGGUUGUGGAAGGAGCCUGUAGUCGUGUUGUUGUAGCCAUUGUGUACAUGUGCGUGUGCCUGUGUGUGUUUGUGAGUGAGAGACCCCUGCACUCUCUUCAUGACCUCAACUUUGUCUUCUUCCUCAUACCGGCUCGUACUUCAGGAAAACGUCCGCCAUCAACCUCGUGGAAUAUGUGCCUCGAUGACCUUUUGACCUGCGUGCUUUGUGAGACAAUUUUGGCUGAUUCUCGAGUGGGAUCAGAUGAAACAUUUUCGAGACAAAUCAAGAUUCUCCUUCCCGUUGUGCGUCGCUGAGCGUCUGUGCCCUAUUUUUUUUUUUUGUUUUUGAUUGUUGGCGUGCGUGUGCGCUGGUGGUCUAACUUGCAUGCCCGUGUUGAUUUCGUCAUACCAAAGCGACGUCUUCGGCAUCUGCACACAACUUUCUCAUUCCACACGCUGCAAAACUGGAACUGUUUGCUCUAGUGCAGAGAAUUAUGGGUAACUUUUCCAACACGGACAAAUCCUCAUUUAGCUCGUAACACGUGCAAACCAUGAAGCCAUAGACAUGGGUAAAUCUAUAGUAUACUAUAUUUCAAAGAUGCCGCUUUUUACUUUAGAGUUUGUUCUUCUACUAAGAGUGGUGUGUGUAUACCUUCAUAUAUAUGAAUUUAUAUGACUAUGAUAUUAUUUAUUUUCUCAACUUUAAGACGGUCUUUGAUUUGUACAGGGUUGCACUUGAAGCUUGAGCUUUGCUUCUUUUCACUGGGAAUAUUGUUCAAUAUGAACGACUUUAUAUUGAUGAUACAAAAACCUGUUUGUAACAAAAUGUGUUAAAUAAUCACAACAACAAAAAAAACAACAACUGUCCUGUCUUAUUUUGUGUGUUUUUGUUUCGGGCAGAGUAAGUGCUUUUGUGCAAAUGACUUUGGGUUGCUAGUUCGAAUAACUCAAUGUUUUUAUAGUUAAGCUUGGGCCUCCGGUUUUGAUGUUGGCCCAACGGCCGUGCAAGCUGACGUCAUGUUUAGUAGAAGAAUUAGCUUGACUAUUAUUUGCAAAAACCAAUCAGUCUCAAUAAAUUUGGAAAUUGCUGCUGUAAAAAAAGGAACCAGUUCACGUGUGCGCUCCUUUUUUUAAAAUACAGACUUCUGCCCACAAGAGGGCAGAAAAGACACGUUAACCAAUUUUCUCUUUCAAAGCUGAUUUCAAUUUUUUUUUUUCAAAGAAGCAGUUGCAGUACUCCCAGUCUUUACGAAACAAAUCCGUUUGAAAAAUAAGAGUUGGGUUAAAAUAGAAUUGAAUUAAAUAAAAAAUGAAAAACUUGAAAUAAUUUUAGAAUAUAUGAAAUUAAUAUUAAAUAAAGAAGUGUAUUUAUAACAGCUAAAAAUGACCGAAAUAGAAUUAAAAUUUCUUUAACCUUUAGGUACACGAUUUCCUUGUUUUUCUUGAUGAACCUUUGUUAUAAAAGGUUUGAGGAACAUUUUCUCAUUUAACUUAUGUACAACAAAUUUUUAAGUGAGUCGUUAUUGAAGUAGUUUUCUUGUUUUGCGAAACAUAAGUGCAGUGUUAAUGGUCAAACUGUUACAAUGGAUAAUUUUUUUGAGUGUAUUUUCUUGUACUUUUUAUGUACAUUCCAUUACUGUAUUUGUUUUAAAGUCCAGUUUUAUUUAACUUAUACGUAUAAUAAA